CUUCCCACAAUUAUAUAGAGCACCGACAUUAUUAUGUACUACUGUAGGUGCCUAGAACAAAAAUACCAUGGAUCCAAGGCUCUACAAAUCUGCAAAAUCAGGGGAUGUUUGCUUCCUCAGAAAACUUCUUAGUGAUAAUCCUAGCCUUCUAUAUAAACUUACACCUCGAGAAAACACAACCCUCCAUAUAGCUGUGCAAUUCGGACACGAAAAUGUCGCGGCUGAGAUUUAUAGCAGAUCCAGGUCACUUCUCAAACAGCAAAACUUAGAUGGAGAUACACCUCUACAUGUGGCUGCAAGGUUUGGUCACUUCUCUAUUGUCAACUAUCUGGUUAGAGAUAUAAUUUCAUCAGUGUCAGAGGUAGACAUGGGGCUUGAGACCCUGAGAAUUAGAAAUAGGGGGAACAGCACAGUAUUACACGAAGCUUCAAGGAAUGGUCACUAUAAAGUGGUCGAGUUCUUAAUCAAAGUUGAUCCCAACUUGGCUUCUGUUGAAAAUGAUGAGGGUGAGUCUCCAUUGUAUCUGGCCGCAAGAGGCGGAAUGUUAGAGACUGUGAAUCAAAUUAUAAGGACAAAUCCGUCAUCAGCUCAUGGUGGUUCAGAUGGCCAAACAGCUUUGCAUGCUGCUGUGGUUGAGAGGCAUAUUGGUGUCAUUGAAGCUCUGCUAGCAUUCAAACAAGAACUUGGCAAAGAAGCUGAUCGACAAGGCCGGACUCCUCUCUACUAUGCAGCAUCCCUAGGUGACCACAGAACAGUUCAGCGAUUACUAGAACUUGAUACUUCUACUGCAUAUGUCUUGGAUAAAGAUGGUCGUUCACCAAUUCAUGUUGCAGCUAGGAAUGGUCAUACUGGUGUGAUUAGAGAGAUUAUCCAACAUUGCCCAGAUUCCGGAGAACUUAUUGACCCUUAUGGACAGAAUGCUCUUCAUAUUGCUAUUUCCAGUGGACAAGCUAAUGUUGUCACAUAUAUAUUAGAAACACCAGAACUAGAAGGGUUGAUAAAUCAGUCUGAUAUUGAUGGAAACACGCCUUUGCAUCUAGCAGCGAUUGCAAGAAAAACUUGGAUUCUUUGGUACUUGAUGUGGGAUGGAAGAGUAAAUCAAAGAUCCAAGAACAAAUAUGGCCAAACAGCAUUUGACAAUGAUAGGUCAAUGAAGAAAUCUAGUAUUACAUCUCCCAUGAUUUCAGCAAGAGCGGACCACGAAGAAGCAAUUUCAGCAAUGCAAACUUACAAGAAAAUGGGUCAGACCCUUUUAACGGUUACAACACUCAUUACAACUGUAACAUUUACAGCCGCAUUCACAAUGCCUGGAGGCUACAACAAUGAUGCAGGCUCAUCAGAUCGAGGGCUAGCUCUUCUACAGUCGAGCAAAUAUCUAAAACAUUUCAUAAUCUUCGACGCUGUUGCUAUGACUUGCUCAAUUAGUGCAGCUUGCCUCCUAUUUUGGGGAGCUGUUAAAAGCAAGGGGUGCUAUCUUUACUAUUUCACAAGUGCCGCUGCUCUUACAUAUAUUGCUCUACUAUCGACUGCAGGAGCAUUCACAACAGGAAUUAAAGCUGUGCUGCCCCAUCAGCAAUACGUGGACAUCAUGAUACUGGGAGUGGAUGUUGCUUUUCACAUCAGUACCUUCUUGUUUCUUUUUCAUUUGGUUAAAAUGUUUUCCAUCCCUGAAGCCUGUAGACUCUUGUUUUCUCAUCACUGUAUCAAGUCCAAAAGGGCUAAGAUACAAAAAUGGAGAAGAAGUACAUAUUUUUAGUUUUGGUUGGCCUUAUGAAGGAAAGCACUUUGCUCGAAGAGCACUACUACUGAAGCCGCAAGUCAUAAUAUAGUAAGUCUGUGUAAGAUGUGGGUGAUGAUCACAAUUAACAGAUUUAGAGAUGAAGAUCGAGAGUUUGGGCAUAUUUGAACGUGACUGGAAGAAAUUAUUGUAAUCUUCAUCAACAUAUUUUUUUCUUCUUGCUACUGUUUAAACAAAUUUACAGUUCAACCGAACAUUUCUUGUCUUCAACUAUUAAAGAUUAUUCAACAAAGAGGAUUACAGUUCAAGUUUCCCGUGCUCUUUUACGUGUCCUCGCUGUCAAUUGACAUUUUAGAGUGUCUUCAUGACAACACCUCUGUCUGAUGAGAGAAAAAGCCAAA